GCCACAAAAAUCAUGUGUAACCAAUUUCCAAAAAACAUUGGAAGUCAACCUCUAAUGCUAAACAUAUUGUUUCAACACAACGACAGUCAUGCCAAAAUGGCUUUAGAAAUGAAAUACACGUAGACGUAACUGAAAUUAAUUAUGCAAUAUUGUUUUUCGGUAACACAAAAUAUUCAACCAUCUUUGAUGUUAAUAAAUUUAUUGUCGUUCAUUACUUUAUAUUGUAUGUGAAAGGUCAGAAUAAAUUAUUUACAUAUAAUAUGCACAUGCAACAUCAAAUGUCACAAGUAUAACAAAGUGAUAGUUUGUAGUGUAUAUAUAGCUAUUACAGCCUUAUUUGUGCAUGAAUAGAUUGAAUGUGACGAAAUAACACACACUAAAACUCCCACACAAAGGGAUGGACUAUCUAUCCUUGUUUCUCUCACUAUCUUGCCUUUCAAUAUUCAUCUAUGCCGUCAUCAUCACUAGCCUCCACAACUCCCGACGUCUUCCGCCUGGACCUCAGCCUUUUCCAAUUAUCGGAAACCUCUUAAUACUUGGUGACAAACCCUACCAGACACUUUCCACACUCUCCAAACGUUAUGGCCCGUUAAUGUCGCUUAAGCUUGGAACCAAAACAACAAUAGUUGUUUCAUCAGCGGACAUGGCAAGAGAAUUUUUUCACAAACAUGACCGAUCAUUCUCUGGUCGCUCAGUCCCUGAAACCGCCAGAAUGGUGGACCAUAAUAAGUCGUCCAUAGUAUGGCUGCCCGCCGGAGAUGAGUGGAGAAGACUACGGAGAAUAACUAAAGAAUAUUUUUUCUCCGUUCAAUCUCUAGAUGCUAGCAAACUUUUACGUGAAAAGAAGAUAGGAGAACUUCUUGAUCAUAUUGAUCGAUGUUGUACAAAUGGAACUGUUGUGAACGUAGGUGCAGUGGCAUUUACCACAACUCUCAACGUUUUCUCCAACUACAUGUUCUCGAUGGAUUUAGCACAAUAUGAUUCUGUGUCUUCACAAGAAUUCAAGGAUGCGGUAUGGGCUUUGAUGGAAGUUUGUGGGAAGCCGAAUCUUGUGGACUUUUUUCCAAUACUUAGACCAUUUGAUCCGCAAGGACUAGGACGAAGGGUUUAUCAUUAUGGCAAAAAAUUAUUGACUAUUUUCGAUACGAUCAUUGACGAACGGUUGCCAAGGUCAAAUUCCUCAACAAACAACGAUGUAUUGGACAUGCUUCUCAACCUCAACAUGAAAGACGAAUUCGUAUUUAGUCGAAAUGAAAUUAAACAUUUGCUUUUGGAUUUAUUUAUAGCAGGAACUGAUACAAUAUCAAGCACGUUGGAAUGGGCGAUGGCUGAGCUUAUUCGUAACCCUGAGAAAAUGGAAUUGGCUCGUUCAAAGAUUUUUAAAUUAACGCAAAACGAGAACAGAAGAAUUCAGGAACAAGAUAUCUCUCAACUCCCUUACCUACAAGCUAUCAUAAAAGAAACUCUUCGGCUACAUCCUGCAGGCGCUUUUCUUAUCCCUCACGAAGCAAUAGAUAAUGUUGAAGUACAAGGUUUCAUCGUGCCUAAAAAUGCACAAAUCUUAUGUAACCUUUGGGCGAUGGGACGGGACCCGCAAGUCUGGUCAGACCCGGAAGCAUUCAUGCCAGAAAGGUUUAUGGAAGUCGAGAUUGAUUAUAGAGGCCAAGACUUCGAGUUUAUUCCGUUUGGUGCUGGGAGGAGAAUAUGCCCAGGAUUGAAUAUUGCUCAUAGAAUGUUGCAUAUAGUGUUGGGGUCUUUGAUUCACAAGUUUGACUGGAAGCUUGAAGAAAAAAUAAGACCGCAAGAUUUGGACAUGGGAGAGAAAUUCGGGAUCACAUUGCCAAGAAAUGUACCACUCAUGGUCAAUCCCAUUAAACUUUGACCACUUUCUAAACUUGUUAACUUAUUCUAAUAUUGGAAGUAAAUACAUAUUUGUAGUUAUUGUAUAUUGACUAUCAUUUAAAAAAAAUAAACAUAGUUAUAAAAUUUAUCAAAGGGGUGAAAAAUAAAAGCCCUU